ACAAGAAAGUUUCCUUAACAAAGACUGCUAAGAAAGGCUUGGAACUGAAGCAGAACCUGAUAGAAGAGCUUCGGAAAUGUAUGGACACCUACAAGUACCUCUUCAUCUUCUCUGUGGCCAACAUGAGGAACAGCAAGCUGAAGGACAUCCGGAAUGCCUGGAGGCACAGCCGGAUGUUCUUUGGCAAAAACAAAGUGAUGAUGGUGGCCUUGGGUCAAAGCCAAUCUGAUGAAUACAAAGACAACCUGCAUCAGGUCAGCAAGAAGUUGCAAGGUGAAGUUGGCCUCCUCUUUACCAACCGCACCAAGGAGGAGGUGAACGAGUGGUUCACGAAGUAUACAGAAAUGUAUUUUGCUCGAGGUGGGAACAAAGCAACUUCAACAGUGAGCCUGGAUCCAGGGCCCCUGAAGCAGUUCCCUCAUUCCGUGGAGCCACAGCUGAGGCAGCUGGGCCUGCCCACUGCACUCAAGAAAGGUGUGGUGACCCUGCUAUCUGACUAUGAAGUAUGCAAGGAGGGCGAUGUGCUGACUCCAGAGCAGGCCCGUGUCUUGAAGCUUUUUGGGUAUGAGAUGGCUGAAUUCAAAGUGACUAUCAAAUACAUGUGGGAUGCCCAUUCGGGAAGAUUCCAGCAGAUGGAUGAUGACCUGCCCGAGAGCGCACCUGAGUCUGAGGGAGAGUCAGAGGAAGAGGAUGACAGCUGACUCUAAGAUGUGGGACUAAGGCCUUCUAGCAAGUUCUUCAUAUCUAUUGGACCACCAGGACUGCUGUCGCCCCUCUGGAGGGAGCAGCUGUCUAUUUUGCUAUGGAUAAAGACAAGGGAGGGUGCUGGGGCAGGACUUUGUUUCUACAAAGAAUAAAAUUUUGUCCACGGGGUUUUCCCUGUGGACAGCAAGAGACUUUU